UAUUUAUUCAAACAUCCUUAAUUUCCAUUUGUUGAUUUUUAGGCCUGUGUUUAAAAAACCUAAGGAAAAGAAAAAGAAGAAAACAGUCGCUGACGGGGAGAAGCCACUAAUGACCAUUCAGCCUCAGCAAAUAACAGCCACAGAUGAAAGCCCUGUUAGGUCUGUGCGUAAAAAAAUAAAGAUGAAAAAGAAGAAACCAGUUAAUAAAGCAGAGAGCCUACCAGCAGCAGCAGCUGAAAGCCCUGAUAGGGGAAAGCUUACUGAAAUUACAGAAAACAGUGAAGCGCCUAUAGACAUAAGCCUUCCAGAACCUGGAAGUGACACAUUCGAUGUGUUCAGCUAUAUGGAGUCUAUAUUGACAUUACAUAAAACGCCUAAGAAUCAGAAACGUAAAAAGGUACAACGUUAUGCAAUGUUUGAAGAGAUUAUGAAUGAUGAUGAUGAUGAUGCAGAAGGAUUGACACAACAGUUGUUGGCGCUUCAAAACAAAUUACCAACACUCAAAGUUUUGGUGCGGUAUGAACCGAUAGAAGAUAGUGAGGAGAAAGAUGCUACAUCAAUGCAGUCUGAGAUGGAAACUUCUACAAUCCAACUGCAGACUUCAGAACCCAGGGAACCAGAGAGUGAUGUACAAAUUGUACGGAUUGAACCACCUAAUGAGGAUGGUGAACUCACUUUGCAAAUAGUGAAGGAAAGCAUUCCCGUCCCACAACAGCCUUCAGAACCUGAGACUGAAGAUGUUGUCAAGAAAAGUGAAUCUGCAUUGAAAGAGGACCUAUUUUUCUAUUUCUUAUUGUCGUAUGCUAAUAUGCUACAGAAAUAUUCCUCAGCACUAGCAGCAUAUGUUAAGCAACCUUCAAAACCUGAAUGAGAAGAGUAACCUGUGAAUACUGAACCAACCGAAGACACUUGCUUGAUGACAGGGGUGCUUCGCCAAUGAGGCGAGUUGAGGCUGUCGCUUCAGGUGGCAGCGCUCCACUAGGUACCGGGGGCAGCAAAAAUGCUGCUCCUGGUACUUUAGGAGCAAAUUUCUGGGGGAGGGGGGGCAGCAGCAACUGCUGCUGCCUCAGGCGGUGGAGGGACCAGGAUCGCCCCUGCUUGAUGAGCAUGGAGAAUGAUGAGCAUGGAGUAGAACAGAGAAAACCUCAGUGAACUGAACUGAGAUGAAUAAAUAACUUUAUUUUUUAAAAUAAAUAAUUGUCUUAAUAAAUUAUUAUUGGUGGUUUCCUUUUAAAUUAACAAAUAGCAUACAAAGUUUGAAUACAGAUGGAUCUUUAUUAUUCUUUUUAGUUUGUUGACAUUCAAAAAGCCAAACAAGGUAAUUGAGGAAUGAAGUGCUAUUGCGCAUGCCCCUCUGUUCUACUUCAUAUGCAUAUCUUUAAUACAGUUGGCUGGCAGGAUUCAGCCAAUCUGAUGCAAAUAAAGAUGGAGAGGAAUGUCAUAUACAGUAAUGACUCA